CAAGAGAUGUGAGUUGUAUUCUGCAAAUUCGUUCAAUUAGUAUUUUUUAAUUUGUCUAAUAUAGUUUCAGGAUUUAAUUAAAGAUCCCAUAAGAUUCUGUGAAAAUUUUCACAUGGACGUGAAAACUUUUCAGCGGAUCCUAUCGAUGGUGACACCUUAUUUGAAGCCCAAGAAAAUGACUCGGCCAACAGAUGGAAUAUCUCCGAAUCAAAAGUUGGCGGCAGUGUUAGAGUACUUCGCUUGCGGAAGUCUGCAAAGGCACAUCGCUUCUGUGUAUAGGAUAAACUAUAUUGAUUCGAGCGGUAAUCUCAUUGAGGGCGAGUGGAGGAAUAAUAUACCAGCGAAGUCGCUAUUUAGUUCAACAAUAAAUCCGACACAAGGACGACCAACUGAUAUCGGAAAAACUACUAGAGAUUCAUUAAAGGAAUUCUUGAUUCUAUAA